GCAGUCACAAGUCGCCGCUUUCAUAUCUGCACAGUCCCUGCUGUCGCUGGUUUUUCUCUGCAAAUGGAUUUCUUCGAUCAGCCGGACGCGGAGGAAAAAGUCUUUGACGAUUUCCUUAGCCACUUAUGUAGAAGGGCAUCGCUGAGCAAGGACGACUUUCGCCAAAAGUUUUCUGAUGCUUGUGUUCAUGGCGAUUAUAACUCACUCGUUUAUAAAUCUGUGCUUCAAAUUUUCGUGUACAACUGCUUUUCUUCCGACCGCUUUCGCAUGAAAAAGGUCAAAAUGCUCAUUUUGACAAGAUUCUUUGAAUAUCUUAUUGCUGGUGAAUGUGGAAUUCAAAGCUUGGGACGGAAGCGUGAGCCUCUAUUUUUUCACUUCAUUACUCCUCCGUAGUGAAGGAGUAUGACUACUCUGCUCGUUGCAGUUUAGUUUGGACCAUUAAUUAUUUUGCAUACCGAUGCAGGACUUGCGGAAUUUCUCCAAGCAUGUCAUUAUGUAGCUCCUGCUUUACUUCGGGAAAUCACAUUGGUCAUGAUUUCAAUAAAUUCAAGAGCCUUGCUGGAGGUGCAUGUGAUUGUGGCGAUCCUACUGUGAUGCUUCCAUCCGGCUACUGUCGCUACCAUGGCCCUGAUAAAGUGCAUAACCGUCCUCGACCACCAGAGGAACUUGUUGCUCCACUUAGAUGCUUACUGUCUCAUUUCCUUUCGGCGCUACUUUUCUGGUUUUGGGAACUUUGCACCAGCAGCGAUCCAACCACCCUGACUGACGAGGUUGCCCCUGCGUUGUACAUUCUGCACGUGCUCCACGCUUGUGGCUGGGUUACACAAAAAAUGAUCGCCGACGUUCUCAUCGAUCAUCACGUGUUUACUCGACUAAAAGCAGAAUGUAUACGUGAGCCAGCUUAUAACAAUUACCUCCUCAGUGUGUCCACCAACCCGACCUUCACACUUCCAGACAUCAUCGCCAAGCAAGACCUCGUUCACAAUCACCUCCUGGAUGCAUUUAUCUUCUGCACCUUGAAACUUCGUUUCCCCGAAUCCCUUGUCACAUUUCUCAUCGGUUUACUGGCCGUGGAAGAGUUCAAGGAGCAAUUUGUCCAAUCCUACUUGAACCACUACACUCGAAUCGCCUCCACUGUCAUGAUCUCCGCACGUACGCGAAUGGUUACCGACUGGUCACUACAGAUGAACAAUCGCAUUGUGCACAUAUCCGUCCAGUUGUUCAGUGGUGAGGCCUUGGCACUUCGCAUGGUUCGCGAACGUCACUUGCACUACCUGUUGAUACAUUGUAUUCUCAACAUGUGCGAUUGCUGUCGAUCUCGUCUGGAUGAUCGUAGCAAUAUGGUUAUCAAUUGUGACGGCCCACUGAUACAAAACAACGUGUUUUGGCCCUUCGUAUCCGACUUGAGCAAUCUGGUUUCUCACAAAUCCAUUGUGGACGUGUUUGUUGAGGAUCCCGCCUUUUUGCGAGCAUGGACCACAGUCUUGCGUUAUAUGCAGUUCAUGAACUGCUUUGUCCUUCGCGAGGGUGACCACAUCGAAUACGAGACGAUGGCUUUCUACCACGCCUUUACGAUGGAAAUCGAAAUUAGCGCAAACCCCAUGUGGAAUAUCUGGCAACACUAUCGUGAUCCUGGCGAAAAAGAUCACUGUCUCGCUUAUGCACAUGCGUGUCUGUCCAGCUUAGGCAACCUGUUGGCUCACCUCGGCCAUCUCACCUCACCUGUUGUGACAUCCUCACAUCCGCUUCGAUCUCCUCUCAGUUUGCAUCUACCCCUCAUGCGCCAUGCAUCCUGCUUCUUGGGUCUGGCCGUGGUGCAGCACGGGGCAGAUUUGAGACAACUUCUUGCCGAGUAUCUGUACCCGAAGCCGUCUCUCCUGUGCAGAUUUUUGGAAGAGCUUGCAAACACUUUGCUCGGAUGCCAUGAAGUCAUUGUGGGGUAUUGGAUUCGAAACGGACAGGCGUUGCGUCAGUCAAUAACGCAUUACAUGCAGAGUCAGUUCUGCUAUUCCUUUAUUGACUUGGAUAUCUUUGCCUUCCAGGUAUGUGCCACAUUACUCCCACCCGCCUAUGUGCUCAACACGCUUUUGGAUUCAACCCGGCUCUUACGAGACAUCAACUUUUAUGAUGAGUUACUACGGCUUGUCGCUCCACCUGAGGCGAGAAAUCUGGAUCGGAAGCCCAUGGCGCUGGAGGCUUGGUUGCUCAAUUUGUGCUGGAUUCUCGAUAUUCGGAACAAUAUAUGCCUCACGGAUGAUGAACUAUUGAAAAAAGAACUACUAUGCGUAUUAGCACCGGAACCUCGGAAACGGAGUGAUUUGUCCAGCCUAAUACCCGAACGUUGUGGUAUCACUGGGUCGAAUAAAAACCUGGAUGUUUUGCUCGAAAAAGUGGCAACUUAUUCGGGACCGUCGUGCAACGAAACCUCAGGCAGUCUCACCAGUGGUCAUUAUUUCAUGCAUCCGACGUUGUGGCACACUGACUUCGACCCCAUUUUCCAUUCCCUCCGAGUCACCAGCCGACGUGAGAGUGCCGUUGCGAUGGACAAAUAUCGUGAACACUGCCGACAACGUCACAAUGUGGUCAACCCAUCCGCUCUUUGGCCACCUUAUCGAACACCCAAACCUUUACCUACAACAUUUCUCGGAUUGGAUCACAUUCUGCACAGCCGCCAUCUGCAUUUUCUUCUCUUCAUUCAACUCAGCUUGUAUGUCUACGGGGAUCCGCUUGUCACCGAAGAGAGUUUGGGUAUCAUCAUUCACCUGUUAGAUCGCGCACUAGAUAUGCCUUGCCGCACGCAAUCUCGGCGAAACAAAUGUUGUGAGGCUUCGGCUGCAAGAUCAGGUCCGACCCCGAUGCAAGUGGACUUCACUCAUGCGUACACAGGUGGAGCGGAAGACGAGCUGAUGGAGUUUGCGGAUGGUUCUGAUGAGGACAGUUUGUCUGACGACGUCCUCGUGGUUGAGAAGAUAUUUCCAGCGCAAGAGCGCCGUGACAAUUCCACCGGCGUGAAAUCAUUCGUGAACCUAAUUGGAGGAAGAUUGCGCAGUUCAAGUCAGCGGUCAGACUCCGACCCAUGGUUGUCUGACUCAACAAAGAGCUCUCAUAUGCCACGUUGGGACGCUAGCCUCGUCAAGUGUCCGUACCGGCCACAGACUAAUCUGCACGAUAACCUAGGCUGUUGGCUACGCGUGGAUGGUUCACCCACUCCAUGCAUCUCACUCGCUCCGACCGUCCUUGUGCGGACCGAUGAGGUAGCUACCUCACCUCAUAUGCUCAACGUUAUACCCGCAUGGUCUGCAUCCGAACAGGCGGACCAUAAAUCUGAAGUAUUGGUCGAUAAUCUGUUGUCGUUAUUGAUCAAAGCGCACGCCCGACUUCAUUGGAGUCGCGUUUCUGGCUCAUCGGACUCUUUUCCCAAGGUCGUGAUCGGUGGUACAUGCACUGACCCUAAUUCGGUCGUUGCUCAAAACAGCCCGAUUGGGCCAACACAUACGGACGAACUCGUCGGCUUGGCCCAGACGCCGAUGGAUAUGUUGUCAGCUCUCGCGGACACCAUGGAUAGAGCUGUUGCGAACAACAGCUCGUCUCCGGAGCCACUGCCACCUCGAUGCACGGCUUUUCUUGCGAGCGCGGAGUCUGGACUUGCACUUAACACCAACGAGUUGACGGAGGGUUCUAACAAUAUGGCUAACGGAGAAAGUGUCCCACUGUCCGCCAAUCUAGGAGUUGCGGGGAACCUUACCGCUAAUCUGCUGUUGGAACUGCCACCAGAGCUUCGGUACUUUGCUCUUACCCCUCCGGCUUAUUCUCUGAAAGAUGAAGCGGACACAAACUCGGAGAACGUUCAUACGACUACCGCGGUUGCUGGUGGUGAAGGCACUCCUUGUCCCAAUCUUUCACAUGCUUGUUACGACGAUGCUGACCGGGCGCUUCUUAGUACAGGAAACCAGUGCACUGCUUUCGGGGACGGCGCUUUCUGGAUAGAGCGUUUAUUAAACAAAAUUGCCGCUCAGUCCCCCAGUCUUGAAUCGGCCAUUCGUUUGUAUUUGGCACGAGCUCGCCGUCCAUACGACUCCAUCGUUCGUGUAAUGUUCCUUCAAUCGAUGGACUCGAUUCCGUCCUUAAACCCCGAGCAUAACAAAGAAGAGUUGGCCACUGCCUCGUGUGCGAACUCAAAACUGCACGAUUCACCCUCAACGGUACCCUAUGAUAAUGCUGGUUCAUGUGCGAACGUUGCAGCUUUGACCACUGCGGCCCCGGGGACGGCGGCUAUCACGCGAGAGGAACGCAAGAGAGCUGCAAUGGAGCGUCGAAAACGUUUGAUGGAUCAAAUGGCUUCCAAGCAGAAAGCUUUUGCACUUGUUCAUUUGAAGGAUAUGGAGCUUAUAAGUCAACCUACAGAAGAACCUAUGGAAGCCACUUACGAGUGCGUGAUAUGCCAGCUCUCCGGGACAGCAUCGUCCGAUGAUAUGGUCUUGCUGGAUAUGAUGUGCGAGUCUGGUGUUACGCUUCACAUGAGAGAUACACCAGUUCUUCCGGAGCUCAGUGGAAGGUGUCCAACUCAAUCUUACGGUUUGCUCGCUGGGCUUCCCCUGAAUGAGGACUCCUUGGGGCUCGUACCAUCACGUCCGCCGAUGCCCUUUGAUGCUCAGCAUUUGGGUCCAGCCCUCAGUCCCAAAGUGGACGUUCCUGCGAGUAGUAGCGGUAAGGCCCCGACUGGCACCGUAGGGGUGUCUGUUCUUACGACCAGCUUUGAUCCAGGAAGUUCGUUGCAUCCUCCACUGUCGCAUUCAGUGUCCCCGGAAGUCGCUGCCUCCAUGCAAUCGCCCUCAUCACUUCCUUCAUCCCCGUCUCCCAAUGCAUGGCUGCACGGUUUGCCUGGGUCAACAUCUGCUCAAUCUUCCACCAGCACCCCCGCUAAUCCCUCCACCGUUCCCACAUUGACAUCACCUAUUUACGUUGAAUCCCGCCGCUGGUGGAGUUUAGCCUUGCCCACUUCUCUCAGUCGAAACCUCCCCGUUCUUCGUUCCGGCCUUGUUUUGCAGACUUGUGGACAUAUCGUCCAUCGAGACUGUUUCCAACGCUAUCGGACACAGGGCUCUGCUCGAACUGGCCCUGCACGGAAUCGAGUUUGGGUCUCUUGCCCACUAUGUAGACGUGAAGUGCACCAUCUCCUACCCUUGGUACCCAUUCAUCCCAAUGACAAGGAGGCCUGGUCCAACUUAAGAACCCGCGUCGAUCACAUCUCUGCGCUUGAGGCUUCCCUAAAAAACCUCACACCCGACGGCAGAAGUGUGUGGGAUGAUCUCAACGGUGUCGAAGACGAUUCCACCGUUCAUCGGCGGGCUCUCAUGUCUCCGCUCCUCGGAGAACGAUUUGAAGCAACCAUCCUUCUCAGAUCUCAAUUGGAAUGCGAACUAUCUGUUCUAAUGAGCUGUCCUGUUCAAUACUCCGUGGUAUCUCGUCGAUGUUCAUGGCGUGAAUUUCUGUCCUACAUACGUCUAAUAUACCGCAAGUCUACCGAUUUGUUGGCACUGUUGAACAGUUUGACCAGUGAGACAGCUCCAUUCCUGGAUGAACCCGUGUCCGGCUCGUUCACAGAUCCCGUAUUCGCACUCUGCCAGGACCCCGCCGAUAUAUUGCUCACCUUUGUCCCACAUGUUUGGCCUCGUGAAGAUAUAUUCCUGACAAUCGUUGCCGCUGCCUUCACUUUGGCUUAUGUUCGAGCACUGAUCGGCGCCUUGUUUCGCUUCUCUGGCAUUCGAGGCUCGCCGUGUUCAUUGGCUGAUUCCGAGGAACUCCUUUCCAAACUUUCCGGACCUUUCGCUGAACAUGUGCAGCAUUUGUUGCCAUUACUACGUUCACUCACCAACCCAUUGCCGUCGAGCUCACAUGAAACAGAUUCCACUUCCAGGAUCCAGAACCUUUUGUUUGAAGCAGCACGACUCCCUGAUGCCUACACAGCUGAGGAAAUGGAAUUUAACCAAGACCAGUUCGAAUUGCAUGUUGUUUUGCGCAUGCUUCCAUUGCUGCGUCUGGCAGCCCUUUGCCGUACACGAUGGCAAUCAAACACCGUUGGACAACAGCCUCAUGCGUCCCGACCCUCCACCCUGAUCCCCUCAGGCCUUCCAUUUGUCGGUCAGCUGGUCGUGAAUGUCGGUCACCCUCAAGUGACCGAAAAUUUACAGAUCACACCUGAGCAACGACUCUUGGAAUUCAGCGACCUUUCCCGCAUUCUCUUCCUGGACUCCUGGGACACAACGGUGAUCAAUGUAGCAGCGGUCGCUGAACUUGCAGCCAAUCGAUCGGGACUAAUUCCUGAUGUCUCAGAAGGCACGCGUGACUCGCGAUCCCUGUUCACGUUGAUGGACCGAUGGUUCGCCCAACUGGCGAACCGGUCACAGGCUGGUCCCACUGAUGCGAAUAGUCCAGCAUUCGUCUUUCCCGUGGAUCAUUCGCUCACGCAGAAUACCGCGGAUGCCAUCGACUUACGCAAGAUCACGGAAUCAUGGGUGACCAACCUCAUCGGAUUAAUGGAGGUCGGAAGGCAACUGUACUCGCCCAGGCUAAUCCGGACACCGCAUUCAUUCGAUACUCUGUUUAAUGCUUUGCAUUUGGUCGGCUGCAACGCUGUGCAGCACCGGUUCCAAGACAAUGCUUUGUGUCUUAUUUGUGGCCGACUUUUGUGCGCUUUAUGUACUAAUCUGUCUACAGCCAUGGUUGAACACGCCUAUUCGUGUGAGGGAUUCUCGGGAAUAGCUCUCGAGGUGAACACUUCAAUCGUGUAUGUCUGCUUGGGUCGGAGCGUAUGCGAUUGGGGCUCCGUUUAUCUUGAUGCCUACGGUGAGGAGGAUCUUGAACUAAAACGCGGCAAACCGUUAUUCCUGAAUGCAGAACGCUUCGCCCUUCUUGAACACCAGUGGUUGUCCCAUUCGUUUCGACACGUACUGAAGCAUUGGCGCAUAGUGUAGCUCCCAUCACUCAGAUUCACUAUUCCCACAGAGCCAUCCAGUCAGCUCCACUCUCUCCUGCAUUCUGCGCUGUCAUUGUCGAUGAUGGCCAAACUCUGACGGCUACCGUUUGUUUUUUGUUUGUUCCCCUGAAGCCUGUUCUUUUUUGCAUGUCAUUUACCGCUGUAUCCGCCACUCCCGUCCCGGCUUCUGUGAACCCCUUGCCUCCUCUACACUUGGCGGUCCUAGAGGACAAUCGGACCAGUUUUGCUUGACCUCGCAUCUUCCCGCAUCACCACACUCGACACCGGUCCGUCACACCAGUUCAUUUGUCCUUUGUCUGUUUUCUUGUCGCUAAACAUUCUUUCUACUUUGUCUCUGCGGUCUUUGGAGUCGAGUUUCCUCCAGUAAAUAUCACUCAGAAUUACUUUAUUUCCCGCCUUUCUCUGUAUGCAACCCGACGUACUCUCAUUGAUUUGCAUGUGUGUCUCUCGAAUUACCCCCGCCUUAAGCCCAUUUGUGAUGACCAGAAACUACGAAGAGUGAACACUCAGUUUUACAUUUUAAUUGCCCUUCCUCCUGCGUCUAGCGCAUAUGACUUGCUUUUGCCCCUACUCUCCACAAAAGGACCGCAUUAUUCCGUUC